GUGGCCUCCACCUGCUGGAGGAGGAGCCGGGGCGGAGCUAAGAUGCGGAGGGAGGUGACGCACCAGCACCAGCGACCCAGACUGCGCGGCUCCCCGCCCGACCCCCAGCAAGGCCCAGACCGCAGCAGGCUCCUCCAGCCCUGGGUUGAAAAUGGUCUCCAGGAUGGUCACCACCAUGCUAUCUGGCCUAGUGUUUUGGUUGACGUUUGGACGGACUCCCACCUCUGCGUAUAGCCCGAGGACCCCUGACCGGGUCUCAGAGGCAGACAUCCAGAGGCUGCUCCAUGGCGUGAUGGAACAGUUGGGCAUUGCCAGACCGCGAGUCGAGUAUCCAGCUCACCAGGCCAUGAACCUUGUGGGGCCGCAGAGCAUUGAAGGUGGAGCUCAUGAAGGCCUGCAGCACUUGGGUCCUUUUGGGAACAUCCCCAACAUCGUGGCAGAGCUGACUGGUGACAACAUUCCCAAGGACUUCAGUGAGGAUCAGGGUUACCCAGACCCUCCAAACCCUUGUCCCGUGGGGAAAACAGUAGAUGAUGGAUGUCUCGAAAACACCCCUGACACAGCAGAGUUCAGUCGAGAAUUCCAGCUGCACCAGCACCUUUAUGAUCCAGAACAUGACUACCCAGGCUUGGGCAAGUGGAACAAGAAACUCCUUUAUGAGAAGAUGAAGGGAGGACAGAGACGAAAGCGGAGGAGUGUCAACCCAUAUCUACAAGGACAAAGACUGGACAAUGUUGUUGCGAAGAAAUCGGUGCCCCAUUUUUCAGAUGAGGAUAAGGACCCCGAGUAAAGUGAAGAUGCUGCGUGGACGCCACACUGCCCGUUAGGCCUCCAUCUCGCUUAUGUGCAUGUGUUAUUAAAACCCCCAUGAAUGGCAGCAUGUUUCUAAUUUAGACAAACAUGGAUAAAAACCAGCUUUCUUUUGUUAUCGCAUUGUCCUUCAUACUGAUAUCUCUGCUUUCUGCUAAAUUAUAAUACGAGCUUUUUUUUUUUUUAAUGCGGAUCUGCAGUGAAUAUUAAAAAGAAAGUGUAUACGUCAACAACAGUAAAAAGCAUGACUAAGAAUGACAUGUCCUCAGAUUUCUUGCAGUGUAGAAUGGUCUUUGGGCCGCACUGUUUGGGCCAAGUCUGUAAAAACUGGCAUUUGAUUUUGAUGAUGUUGUUCCCCCAGCCCUGGGCGUUGUCACACACCAAUAAAGAAGACUGUGCUUGAGAGGAGGAGCUGACACAUUUCCCUUGGCUGCGUCUUAAUAAAUGUGUAUGCAAGCA